GCUAGCUAGCCGGCGGCGAGAUCGGGCGAGAUGACGGAGGGCGUGGUGAAGGUCGCGGUGGACAAGCUGGAGGACAUGGCGGCGAAGGAGCUGAAGCUGCAGACGGAGGUGGGGAAGAAGGUGCUGGAGCUCCGCCACGAGCUGGACUGGCUGCGCACCUUCCUCCGCGACGCCGACCGCAAGCGCCGCCCGGCCGCCGGCGCCGCCGCCGACGACCUCAUCGAGGUGUGGGUGCGGCAGACGCGGGAGCUGGCCCACGACGCCGAGGACCUCCUGGACGAGUUCGUCCACAGGGGCGAGCUCCACUGCCACGGCUGCUUCGACCUCCCCUCCUUCCUCCGGUGGCUCCGCCACUCCGCCGCCGGCAUCUUCGCCCGCCACGCCAUCUUCGACGAGAUCAAGGACAUCAACGAGCGCAUCGGGAAGAUGAAGGAGCAGCGCGAGAAGUGCAACCUGGAGAAGCUGCCCUGCGCUUCCAAGCCUCACAGGAAGCAAUACACGGACUGGUCGUCACUGACUGAGCUCGAGACUGAAAACAACAUGGUUGAGAUGGAUCACUCCGGCGAGGUUAAAGAUUUGGUGCUCAACACGACUUGUGAGAGGACGGUGAUCACGCUCACCGGGAAGAGCGGCAUCGGCAAGACGACGCUGGCAAGCUACCUGUACCGGAGGAGCGGCAUCAGGAGGCGCUUCGACUGCACCGUCUGGGUGCACGUCCCGCGCAAGUUCCGGUUCGCCGACCUCCUCGCCGACGUCGUCUGCCAGGCGAAGGCCUCCUCCGGCGCCGGAGACGACGGCGACGGCGUGGUGGACUGCUACGGCCGCCGCCAGCUGCAGGACGCCGCGCGUCGCGGAGGGGUGGAGGCGGAGGCCAGGCUGAAGGCGGAGCUCGCCGGCGCUCUCCGCGGGAGGCGGUACCUGAUCGUGCUGGAUGACGUGCGGAGCAGGGAGGAGUGGGCCUUCUUCCUCGCCGCGCUCCCCGCCGGCCGCGCCGGCAGCUGCGUGCUCGUCACGGCGCAGUUCAAGCUCCCCGAGCAGCCGCCUGUGGCCGGCGGCGGUGGCGACGGUGGUGGCGGGGGACAUGGCUGCUCCUGCGGUCACGUCAGGGAGCUCAAGAAGCUGGACUCCGAUCGCGCCGCUAGGCUGUUCUGCCAGAGGAUGUAUGGUCGGAAGGUUCCGAAGAAUAAGCAGGAGCAGCUCCAGAGUCUCGUGGAAUCCAUGACGAGAGGCGCCGCCUUGCCGCUGAACGUCGUCAUGCUGGCCGGACUCUUGAGGUCCAAGAAGGAGGACGAAUGGGAGGGUGUAAUCAGUAGCCUUGAUGAUACCCUCGCCGCCGGUGGAGCGACGCCGUCGGAGCAGACGCCACAGCUGGUGCCGGAUGAUAUCUUGCCUACCGGCGAUGGCGAGACGUCGACGACACCCGAGCAGGUGCUGGGGGAGCAGCAGGAAGCGAAGAAGAAGAAGAAGCAGGCGGUGCCCGGGCGGCUCCUGAAGCCGACGUCGACGGAGAAGAUCCUCACGGUGUGCAUGGACGACCUGCCGUCGCAUCUCAAGUCGUGCUUCCUCUACCUCGCCGGGUUCACCGCGCAGACGCCCAUCGACGCCGACAAGCUCCUCCGGCUGUGGGUCGCGGAGGGGUUCUUGCAGGCCAAGAGCGGGGAGACGACGGAGGAGCGCGGCGCGGAGUGCCUCAAGGAGCUCAUCUCCCGGUGCCUCGUCCAGCUGGUGGAGACGGACUUCGCCGGCAAGGUCACCGCCAUCAGCGUCCACCAGGCCGUGCUCGACUUCGUCCAGGCGGAGGCGCGCGACACCAACUUCUUCCACGUUCACAGCACCGCCGCCGGCCUCUCCCACGGCGCCGCCCGCCGCAUCGCGCUCCGCAACACCUACGACUCCGACCUCAGCGUCGUGGUGGAGACGCCCAAGCUCCACACCCUCCUCUGCGACAUCCCGGAGCGCGCUGCCGCCGCCGGAUCCCCGGCGGUCUGGCAGAGAGCAAUGGAGUUCGUCCAUGGCCGCGCCCCCACCUUCUCCGUCCACGGCUCGAGGUUCCUCCGCGUGAUGGACAUCAAGGGCGUCCGGCUGCCGCACGGCGAGACGCUUCCCGAUGAGAUCGGGUGGCUGAUCCACCUGAGGUACCUAGGUGUGUCACACGCCGCCGUGAGGCGCCUCCCUAGCUCCAUCACGAAGCUCCGGAACCUACAGACGCUCGACGUGUCGCACACGGCCGUCGACGCGCUGCCAUGGCGGUUCUGGCACAUCCCGACGCUCCGGCACGUCCUGGCGGGGCGGCUCGCCGCCGGGUCCGCGCCGGACGAGCGCGACGUGCUCUUCGACCUGCAGACGCUCCACGGCGUGCCCUGGGGCCGGUGGGCUCGAAGCGGUGGGGCCAUCGAGAAGAUGACCAGCUUGCGGUCGCUCAUGGCGUGGAACGUCGGAGCCCCCGCCGCAGCGCUGCGCUCAGCUCUGGCCGAGCUGGAGUGCCUAAGGUCGCUGGAGCUCGAAGCGACGCACGGCGGCGAGCUCCCGCUGCACGACCUGCUCGCCAUGCUUGGCCUGCGGCAGCUCCAAUACCUCACGCUACGAGGCAAAGUAUCAAAGAUACCAGAGACGACGCCAUUGCAAGGCCGCCGCGACCACCACUACUUGCUCCCCAACCUCGCGAGGCUCGAGCUGCAUGGGUCGGCGUGCGAGCAAUCCCUCAUCUACCUUCUCGCCGCGCUGCCCAACCUCGCCGACCUGGUGCUCGAGGAGGGGUCCUACGACGCAGCCGCCAUGAGCAUCCCCGCCGGUGGGUUCCCCAAGCUCAACAAGUUGCAGCUGACCAGCCUAGACAAGCUGACGAAGUGCACCGUGGCGCCCGAAGACGACGACGGCAGCAAGGGAGACACGCUCCCGCAGCUGCACCACGUGACCGUCUUCCAUUGCAAGAGGCUGAACAGGUUCCCGGCAAAGCUACCAAAGCUGGCUCUGUUCAACGUCCAUGAAUCGGAGGAGCUGAAGAAGUUCAUGGAUGCUGAAGCCGAGGUCAACGAGAAGAUCCACGUGGUGAACGGCAAGAUGGCGAACAGGAGAAGGGUGACUACGCCAGCCAAAGAGAGGUACCUCCAUUGAUGAGAAGGCAACAAGGUGUUGCCUAGGUUGAAGAAGUUCAUGGAUUGCUGAACACUCUUGUGGUUAGAUUUCAUAUGAAAGGGGUAUUUGUUUUAGAUGGACUCAAGAAGAAAUAUUGUGGUAGAUCUGAUCCACUGUUCAAUAUAGCUAUUUGGACACCUACAUGACCAUUGUAAUGUGAUGCCUGGAACAUUGCUGCACCGAUUGUUUCCUGGUAAAAAUUUGCAAACAUGUCUUCAGGCUCUUUAUAAUGACAAGGUUUACAAAAUUGAUGUGUGAUUGUAUUGGAGAAUUAGAUGUGGCAGAUAUGUCGAGAGC